AUGCCAAUGAUAGCUGCGGGAUCUUGGCAGUACAACAUUUCAGAGGCCUACCAGUCUCACAAGCUCGCCAUCAAAGCUGGGUUCACCAUGGUGGACACUGCCUUGGACUACCACAACCAGCAGGGUGUGGGCCGCGCAAUCAACGAAGCAGGCGGGCGGGAGAAGAUAUUUGUUGAGACGAAGGUUCCAGGUUGCGGGAUGGAUUCCACGAUGUUGAACGUCUUCAAGUGCUACGAAGACACCAAGCGAGACCUGGAAACGGAUCUGGCGCAGCUAAAUCUCUCCUAUGUUGACCUGGUGAUCGUUCACUUCCCCCCUAUUUCUUCCAUGGUUACCAGGUCAUGCAAUAGCUGGUCAGGAGGCUGCCAGAUGGUUCGGGCACAGUGGAAGGCCUUGGAAGAGUUCUACAAGCAAGGCAAAGCGCGCGCUAUAGGAGUCUCUAAUUAUUGCCCCAGCUGCUAUGACUGCCUCAAUUCUACAGCCACGGUGCUCCCCAUGGUGAAUCAGGUAGAGCUGCACCUGGGCAUGGGAACCGAUCCGGAAGGAUUCGUGUCCUACCACAAAGCUCGAGGAAUCCAGCUGCAAGCGUAUAGCGUGCUGGGAAACAAUGCCAUCAGCCACAAAGCCAGUCCAGAGAUCUUGACUGGCAACCUGACCACAAGCAUUGCCAAAGCGCAUGGCAAGAGCUCUGUGCAGGUGGCUCUGAAGUGGGUCGUGUCACAAGGCAUCCCUGCAGUGACCAAGUCCGCCAGCUCCGAGCACCUCAGUGCCGACCUGGACCUGUGGUCGUGGGACUUCACUCCGGAGGAGAGCGGGCAGGGGUCCCGGCAAUAUGCGCUCACUGGACUGGAGGUACUUGGCCUCCUUUCCGCGGUAGAGAGAAGCCUGACAAGCGCCCCCGAGUCACCGAACUCGACGUGUACCCAUGAACACGACGAGGAGCGAAUCUUAGGUCUUUAUAGUUUGGACAGCUCUUGCGAAACAGGGCAUCCAAAAUCGAGCUUUUGGCGUCGACUGCCAUACUGGCUAUGCUGUGGACAGGAGAAAGCCAAGGAUCUGGCAAGCUUUCAACUUUCGGAGCCUGCGCGCCGGGCCGCCAAGGAAUGCUUGGCACGAGCCCGCCAGGCGACUGAGGGCGACAAGCCCUUAAUGUGCUUCAUGCGCCAGGAUAUUCUGACUGGCAAGUGGGCUCAUUUCCAGCUCGGCACCUCCAAUGACAAGAAGCCACGCCAAACCGAGAGCAAGAGCAAGCAAGUGCAGAUGAAGCCCAUACACGAAGAGCCCGAUCAGCUCGAAGGAUGCCCCUUCUGCGCCUGCCACGCCUCUGAAGCUGCCGACGUCUUGCGCUUCGAGGAGCUCAAGAACGGAGAGGCAGAGUAUGCUUCAACAUGGCAAGCUCUCAAAGAUCACUUUUGGUAUGCAGCCGACACCUACGCUGGCCAUCGGCUGGUUCGGGACUGGUCACGGCCCGAUCCUUCUCGACACUGGCAAGUUCGGGUGGUCAGGAACAUCUUUCCCAGCAUGAGCGUGCCGCGAGAAUUCUAUGAGGACGACCAUGAGGGAGGUUUUCUGGAAGACACAGCUGGCAGCAUGAUAAACCCUGCCGUGGAGCAUCCUCUGUACUUGCAAGUACCCGGAGUCGGCUUCAACGACGUGGUCAUAGAAACGCCGUGGCACAACAUGUGUGCAGCCCUGGACAGGGAAGAGUCCAUCGCCCUUACCCUGCGUGCGAUUGUCAUCCGUGGGAGGGAGCUGAUGCAAAAUCCGCUGGUGCGAUAUGUGUCGGUGUUCAAGCAACAUAAAUGCGGAAGCAUCGUGCACGCACACUGGCAAAUCAUCACGACUCCGUUUGUCCCGAGCUCCGUAGACGUGCAGCUGAUACGUGCAGCUCGGCUUCACCGGCGCUUCAAUGCUUGCAUCGGCUGUCAGGUUCUAGUGUCAGCUCCGACUGGCUCCGACUUGGCCAGCGAACGGUUGCUCCUUGAGACGCAGCACUUCGUGGUCUCGGCGCCAUUUGCCUGUCGCGAACGCUGGCGGCUGUAUUUGGCCCCGAAGCGGCAUUCGCCGGACUUCUUUGCCACCACAGAAGAUGAGCUCGUUGACCUGGCGCAUGUGUUGAAGAAAGUGCUCCAGAUGUAUUACCACAAGCUUAGCGACUGCCCUUUCAACAUUGCUGUUUGGACCCGGCCGACCAUUGUGAAAGAUGAUUCCUUGUUUGGUGCUUUCAGGUGGCAUUCAGGCGCAGAUGAUUGCAGCCACUUCCACUGGUACAUCGGCUUCUACCCCAGGGGUAAGCCUACUCCGCAGGGCUUCAAGAAUGCCACAGACAUCGCCCCAAUGAAGACGCUUCCUGAAGAUGAUGCAGCAAUCAUGCGGCAGUGGCUGACAGAACUGCAGUGA